AUGAUCUUCGAACCUCCACUUUGUCACUGCUUCUAUAGUAACUUGGCAGAUUGGUCCAAAAUUGGUACGCCAAUUUUUUUUUUCUUUUUUUUUUCUACGAUCGUUAUGAAGAUUCAUUUCAAAAAUUAUCACAAAAGUUUCGUUAAAGGUUUGUUAUUCAUUAAUUCAACAGAUUACUUAAAGUACAUAUAUUUAUGUAUUGAAUAUAUUAUAAAAUUUACUAUGUUUUUAUACUGCAAAUACUGUUAUUAAAUAAGUUUGGUUCUUGUUUCAUCCUAAUAAAAAUCAAUCAUUCGUUUGCUUUUCAGCUCUAAUUGCGGCUCUGAUUUUCGAAUUUAACCGGGACAAAUUCAACAUGAAAUCUUCGUAUUUCUAUAUAAAUUUCUUACGAAAUUUAAUAAAAUUGUUAAUGAAAUGUAACUACAAUUACAUGCUCUUUUAUAUAUUUAUGCAGUACACGCUUCUUCGAUUGAAAACAUUAAUUAAUACAAAAUUCAAUUGGAUUGUUUUGUCUGACACUGCUCUAAAAAAUUUAAUAAAACAAUUUCACGAUAAGAGAAAUUAUUAUAUAGACUAUAAUUCUUGUUUAUUGGCGAACAUAAAAUAUUUUGAAAUUACUAAACCAACUUGGUUUUACAUAUGUUCUAUAGUAUCUGUAAAAAAGUACAAAGUUUUAGUUGUACCUUUGAAUAAUUUUGAUGAAAAUGAAAUAUUUAUAUCAGAUACUAUGAAAUAUAAUAUACAAAAUGCAUUGCAUUGCACUAUCAAUAAAUGCUUUUUACUGCCAAUAAAAGAUGACACUAUUAGCUUUGCUAGGGAAGCCAAAAUUUCUAUGAUUUGUAAUCAAUAUGAGAGCACAGAUAAUUUAAUAAAUAUUCUCUUGGAAAAUUAUUUCUCAGAACCUAGAUUUUUAAGAAAGAAUGAUUUAUUUGGUAUUAACAUAAAGGAACAUAUACUAGAUCAAAUAUAUUUGCAUACGAAUUCUUCAGUGUCUGUAAUAUAUUUUAAAGUCAAUUCUAUUAUCAAUGACAAUGGAGAUUAUACAAGUGAUGGUAGUUAUAUUUUAUAUGCAGAAACUACUCUUAUUCAAGAAUCAGAUCUGCAUAGUUAUUUACCUCAAAAACAUUUUGUUUACAAUGAAAUGAAGGAGAAAUAUGUAAAUUCAUAUCCACCAAGUUUAGCAGCACCUUUGGGACAUUUGGAACGUUGCAUUUUUCCAUUUAUUAAAUAUGAUAUUCAGUUACCAAUAAAGCCAAUAUUUCUUAUCAAGGGAUCACAGGGUUCGAAUAAACGUAAAUUAGCGCAAAUUUUAGCUGAGAAAAUGGGUUUAAACUUUCUUAAUACAGAUUUUGCUGAAGUUCAAGCUUUAACGUCAGCACAAACAGAGGCUAAACUACGUAUUGUACUGCACAAUGCUGAACAAUCAGUGCCAUGCAUAUUGUGUUUAAAUAAUAUAGAGGUAUUUGGAAAAAAUUCUGAAGGCCAAAAAGAUGAAAGAAUAAUAUCAAGCUUUUCAAACCAAAUAAAUUCAUUGUAUAAUAAACGUUCGAAAUUUCCUAUUAUUAUAAUAGCUACAACAAGUGAAUCUGAUAUACCAGCUGAACUAAACAGAAUUUUCAUUGAAUCGAUCCACGUGGAACAUUUAGAUCAAAAUGAAAGAACAAAUUUAAUUUCAUGGUUGCUCAUGAAACGAAAUCUUGACCAUCAAGUAAAUUUAUCAAAAAUUUCUGGUAUAUGUUCGGACUUUGGAUAUUCAGAUUUAUCGACGCUAAUAUUAAAUGCCAUGAAAUUUCGGUGCAAAGAUAAUGCUAAGAAUUUAAAAUCGUUAACACUUUCACAAGAAGACUUUGAUAAAGCUUAUGAAUACAUGCAAUUGGUAUAUACAGAUUGUAAGGAUGCGCCGCGUGUACCAAAGGUUUAUUGGGAAGACAUAGGUGGCUUAAUGACUUUAAAACACGAAAUAAUGCGUCGAAUUCAGUUACCUUUGAUGAAUGCUUUAGGGUUUGGACAGUCUGGUCUUCUUUUGUAUGGACCACCAGGAACCGGAAAGACGCUUCUCGCUAAGGCCGUAGCAACAGAAUAUCAGCUUCAUUUUUUAUCAGUUAAAGGUCCCGAAGUAUUAAAUAUGUAUGUCGGCCAAAGCGAGAAAAAUGUUAGACAAGUGUUCGAGCGAGCAAGAGCAGCAGCACCAUGUAUAAUAUUUUUUGACGAAUUGGAUUCGUUAGCACCCAAUCGUGGUCGAAGUGGUGAUAGCGGGGGUGUGAUGGAUCGUGUGGUAUCUCAAUUACUCGCUGAAAUGGAUGGUCUUGAUAGCUCCAAUAGUAUAUUCAUUAUAGGAGCUACAAACAGGCCAGAUUUGAUAGAUCCAGCUCUUCUUAGACCUGGCCGAUUUGAUAAACUACUAUACGUAGGAAUUCAUUCCGAUCGUGAUUCACAGCUUAGUGUGUUAAAGGCACUGACACGUAAAUUCACAUUCUGCGAAAAUGGAAAAGAGUUAGAACAGUUAAUCUGUCAACUACCCGAGCACACAACUGGUGCUGACUUAUAUUCUAUCUGUUCAAAUGCAUGGUUGAACGCUGCGCGUAGGGUUUUAAAUAAUUAUCACGAUAAUUCCAAUGAAAUUAAAUCGGACGAAUGUGUUACCGUAGAAUUGGAAGAUUUUCUAAAAGCCACGCGGGAAUUGAUUCCUUCAGUCAGUGAAGAAGAAGCGGAAAGAUACAGAAAAAUGCAAAUAGAAUUGUCUUCUGUAUCAAUAACGAUAUUCCUUUGGUGUGAUCGCGAGGUAGAAUCGAUUCCAAUGCAUUUGUCCAUGAUAUUGAAGCAUAUAAUGUUUUCUUUAUUGUACGUGAUAACGCACUUAUUACAUGGAAACAAAAAAUUAUUUAUACGUUUGUUAUGUUUUUAAGCCUUUUUUUUUACAAUCGUUACGAUAUGAAUAGAUAUGACAAAAAGAAUUCAUAGAAUUAUGAAAAAUCGUCGUUAACUAUACGUCAAAUUAUCUUACAAGAAGAGAUUUUACAAUUAUGAGUAUUUUUUUAUUUUUGAACUUCUGUAGAUCAUACAAAUGAGAACUACUGA